AUGGGUGACCCGAAUUGGACGAAUUCAGCUGUGCCCCGACGUCUUCCAGAUAAAGUGUCACAGUUGUAUUACUCCUAUGGCCUUUUCUGUGCUUCUCAUCCCAUCAUUUCAUUAACAAUUUCUACUGUAAUUGUUGUUGUAUGCAGCUUAUCACUGUUUGGAUUGCCAUUGUUUAGCAAUGUAGUACAAUCAACCAUAACAUCUUCUUAUAAGCCAGAUAAUAUAACAAAUCGAUUGUUUAAUGGACAACCCAGUGUGUAUAUUCAACAAAUAGUUAUGAGAUCAAUGGUAACCCCAUGGUUGGAUGAUUUAGUUUUGUCAGACGCCUUCAGAGGCCCUUUAGCUGAAUCAUUUAAAUUAGUUGAGAUCAUUAGAAACUAUCAAUUAGAUAACAAAAUUUCUUUAAAUGAUGUCUGUCUACACAUAGAAAACAUUAAUUCUGAUAUAAAAACAUUGCCAGAGUUCAGUUGUUUAAUUGUAUCACCAACUAAUCUGUGGCAUCAAGAUUUAGAAGAGUUCCGUACUGAUAGUAGCAUUGAAAAAACAAUUUUUACUUAUCAGAGCCCAUCUCAUAUAAAAAUUAGUAUUCCGGAAUUAUUAUUUGGUAUGCCACUUAAAGAAACCGGAAUAAGAAGAUAUUCUGUACAUCCCCGACAAAGAGUUGUCCAAUUUGCUGUUACAAUAUUUAUGAAACAACUUGUACCACCGUACAUAGAAGGAUUGAAAACUCAUUUGAAACAAAUUUACCCUGUGCAUGUUAAAUCAAAUCAAAUUCUUUUAGACACGUCAACUUUACAUAUUUACUAUCCUGGAGAAAUAAAUUAUGAAACAAUAUUUUUUUUACUCUCGUGUUAUAUGCUUUUAUUUGGGUACAUUUAUUACUCUAUUAAAAAAAUGGACAUAUUUGUCUCUAAGGUUGGAAUUAGUUUUGGAGCUGUUUUCACGGUUGUAUCUACUCUUUUAACAACUAUGGGGCUUUGUUUUUUAUUUGGAUUAGAUUUUACUAUAAAUAUUCAAAGUCAAAUGGUAUUUCCUUAUUUAGUUAUUGUUGUUGGUCUAGAAAAUAUGUUGAUCAUAAUAAAAUCAGUGGGUUCGACAGCACCAAAUUUAGAUGUAAAAAUAAGAUUGGCCCAAGGUUUAAGUAAAGAAGGAUGGGCCAUAACUCAAAAUCUUUUAAUUGAAGUUACUAUUUUAACUGGUGGAUUAUUGACUUUUGUUUCAUCAAUUCAAGAAUUUUGUAUAUUUGCCAUAGUGGGUUUGUUAUGUGACUACUUUUUUCAAAUGUUCUUUUUUCUUGCACUCAUAUCAUUAAAUAUGAAAUCAGCAGAAGAUUCUACUUACCAAAAAACAUAUUAUCCGUUUUCAUUUGCUAAUUUGGCCAAUAAAAUGCAAAAGUCUAAUCCUCCGGCAUUAAAACAUUCAAGUCGUAGUGGUGUGAUGUUAAAAUCUGCUUCUCAUCCACGCUUGAAUGGUUUGCAGAUAAUGGCUUCUUUAGAAGAUCCCCGACGCAGACCAAUAUCUAAACGUUUGAGAUUCCUAUAUCUUUGGGCAGCUACAAGAAUUGUUCAGCGAGUAUUAAUGAUGGUUAUGGUAUUUUGGAUAUCUGGUAUUAUAUAUAACACAGAAACUGUGCAAGAGUUUUUUGAUCUAAGAAAAUCUGUAACUAUUGAAGAACCAUAUAUUCAAGAACGAUCUAAUAUACAUUUUCCUCUUGCAUGGGAAGAGGGUCGGAGAGCUGUUAUAAUUGAAAACAAAGCUAGAUUUACAGUAAAAGAAGAACAUCAGUCUAACAAAAAGGCUAAUCAAUCUCAAGAAAAUGAUUUACCAUAUUAUGUGCAACUUCUAAAUGCAGAAAAAUGGCCCCAUUGGCCUAGACUCUCUUGGUAUAACUGGCAAUUUUUAUUAGGCAUGUAUAAUAUUAGUAUUGCUGGAUCCUAUGUGUCUGUAUUACAACCUAUACAUGUGGCUCAUUCUGUGAAACCAGAGGAAGCAAUGUCAUUGCGUGAAUCUCUAAACGAUGCGGAUAAAUCAUUUCCAUCCCAUUGGAAGUCAUUUGCUGCUGCUCUUGACCCUUUUGAUUUUGUUGAUACUCACAUUGUAGCACCACUAGAAAGUAGAAAAGACAUCAAUGUUAUAGAUAAAUCAUCCGAGCCUUUUAUACCUACUUCGCCAUCAGAAUUAAUAUUAAUUGCCGUUCUAUGUUUAAUUAGCAUAUUAGUGCUAGUCUAUACAUUGAUAAUGUUGUAUCGAUGUGUCUGUAGUCGUAACUAUGCUGAAUGGAGAGCUGGGUGGAGCCAUGAUGUGAGUUAUAUACAGCAUGACUCUGGUAUACAAGUUAUUUUAGAAGCAGUUCCAAUUGAAUUUAAAGGGCACACACAAUCAAUUGAAUGUAUUGCUACCUAUGGAAAUAUUAUUGUUAGUACAUGCCUUGCUGGUUGUAUUAAUGUUUGGAAUGCAUUAACUGGUGAAUUGAUUAGUACCAUUGAUAGGUCUAAUCUAAACAAUGCUGGUGAUGAAGAUACAGAAGAAUUAAAUUUGUCUGAAGACUUCUCAAAUGAUUUUAAAAACUCUAUUUCUGAUUCUAAUUCUAUGUCUAAUUAUGGUUUUUUAGAAUCUUUUAAAAAUAUGGAACAGUUAUGUGCAAGAUGUAAAAAUGUGAUCUCUAUUGAAAACACUAAUUAUGAUAUGGGAAGCCAAGAUGAGAACAUAGCAAAACAUACUAUUAAUUCAGACCAAAAUGAACAGGAAAAUCGAACCAAAAAGAUUUCUGAAAGUGAGAUCUGUGUCAAUUCCCAGAUAUGGUGUGUUGAUUGUAAUGAAAAUGUUGUUGUUCUGGGCUGUGCUGAUGGUUCAUUGCAAUUUUGGGAUAUGUACAAUGGGAUACUUAAAUGUAUGUGGCAAGGAAACAUAAAUGAUGGAUUUACAGCAAUUAAACUAAUCAAUAAAUAUGUAGUUGCUGUGAGGUUGAAUGGGUCUUUAGAAUUCUUCAAGCUUGAUAUUUUUAGUGAAUCAACCUUGAGAGAAUCUAUAGAAAAACCUAAAACUAAUUUCUCUCUUAGAAAACAUGUACGAACGAGGAGUAUAGGUUCAUCUCUUCACACUUUAAAAACACCUAACGAUACUGUACGUUGUCUUCAUAUAGAAGCUUUAAAGGCACAUAAUCAACCAGUUACUGUUCUUGAAACUAAUGGCGCUUACAUUGUUACUGGUAGCCAAGACCACAUGCUUAAGGUAUUUAGAAUCGAAGAUAGACAGUUACUAUAUACCUUACAUGGCCAUUACGGACCAAUAACGUGUUUAUUUAUUGAUCAAGUAAAUCCUCACAUGGCUGCAUCUGGUAGUCAAGAUGGAAUGUUAUGUGUAUGGGAUUUAGUUACUGGUACAUGCAUGUAUACAGUUCAAAGUCAUGAUGGAGGAGUUUUAGGUAUAACAUGUUCAGCUAGUUAUGUUAUUAGCAUUGGUCAAGACGAUAAAAUUUGUGUGUGGGAUAGGUUUCAUGGUCACCAACUUAAUAGUAUUCAAAUUAGCAAUGUCUACUGCUAUAAUUUGGCGAUGUUAACACAUAAUUUGCUUAUUACUUCCAAACAGGGUUCUAUAGUUAUUAUGGAUGUGCAAACUGGAGAGCCAGUAAAAGUUUUUAGCUUAGGAGACUCUGAUUGUAAUGUUGUUACUCAAUUGUUAACAUUAUCGGACAGUAUUGUAUGUGAUUAUGGCACAGAGUUACGUGUUGUACGAUUUCCAAUGGUAGCUACCAAAGAAGAUUAA